AUGAAAAAAAAAUUAUCGAGGAAGGAAAGGAAGAGGAGGAACAAGAACAAGAACAAGGUGUGUGGUUGGUUAUCGAAUUUGCCAGAUGAUGUGGUUACGAACUGCCUGGUUCAUGUAUCGCGCGUGGACCUGGCGGCCAUAGGUAUGACCUCCAAGGCAUACCGGUCUCUCACAAGCUCUCCUUAUCUCUGGAACUUGAGAUGGCAGAUGAAUCGCUUAGAGGCAUCGUACUACGUGUGCUUGCACAUAUUUCCAGAACCCAUCCCACGGUGGUUCAUCCUCCACCCGGUGAAACGUCAUCUGAAACCGAUCCACUGUAAGUUUCCAGAAUCAGGAUCCGCUUUCGUGGUGGUGGAUUGGGGUAUAUUUAUCAUCGGUGGACUCGUAAACGGCAAGCCCACAUCGGAGGUCGUUUUGUUUGAUUGUUUCGAGCAUAAGUGGCACAACAUACCGCCCAUGAGGAUGCCUCGUGCGUCCGCCUCAGCACGCAGGAUAGACUACAAGAUAUACGUGUUUGGAGGGUGCGGGGAUGAGGUUGAUUCCUCAAACUGGGCAGAGGUAUACGAUCUCCGCGCCCAUACUUGGGAGUUCGUCUGUGUGCCUACUUCUACUCGGCCGAAGAAUAUCAAACAAAGCGUGGUGAUAGACAAUAAGGAGGUUUACGCGGUGGAUGAGGAUCAUCAAAUCUUCUCCUUCUCCCCAAGCAAAUUGUUUGCGUCAAGCGGAAAAACAGAUUCUAAGCCAGGAGACAGAGAGGACUGGUGUUGCUUUGGAGGAUUCUUAUUUGCCCGCGGAAGCAGGACAAUACUAUGGUGUUUGCCAGACGAGUUGGAUUGGAAGGAAGUUAAGGGUUUGGAAGAACUGCAACAACUGUUGGUUGGAACCAACGAUAUCUGCAAACUCUCCUGCAAACUAUCACCAAACAAGGAGGGGUCAUGCCUUGUCAUCUUCUGGAACACCCAGCCUCAAGGUGCUGAGAGUUUGGAGCUUUGGUCUGCGGAGAUUUCCCUCGAGAAAAUCGGACCAGAUCUUUGGGGAAAGAUUAAGUGGUCUGGUUCUGUCUACAAACUCGAUUACCCUCUCACUGACUCAAAUAGAGUUAAGGUCUUGUAUGCUGAUAUUGCCCUUACCUGA